AUGGCUGUACACUUGCUGUCGACGUCCUCGUACUUCUCGCUGUUCGCAGGAAACGUGUCAUGGAUUUUAGGACUGUCUCUGAGUGUCUUAUUAGCCGUUCCGUUCGUUCGGUGGUUUCGAGUGUGGAAGGCACUAAGGCCCUUACCAGGACCGUGGGACACCGUGCCCUUCUGGUUCCUUUUCGACAACCUCAGGGACAGAGCCCGAAAGCACAGAGCAUACAAGUACCGUACAGCAUGGAUAUUCAGCACAUUUUGCACCUUGUGGAAGCAGUACCCAAACCAAAUUUUCAAAUUUUAUCUUGGAAUGACUCCCGUCGUCUUUGUGCACACCCCUGAUGCAGUAGAGGCAUUACUGACGAGCACCGUCAACCAAAACAAGCCGUUCCUGUAUCAUUUCGUUGCACCGUGGUUGGGACCAAACAACCUUCUGUUGGCAACGGGUGAGCCUUGGCGCUUCAAGAGGAAGCUGUUGACGCCAGCCUUUCAUUUUCGUGUCCUGCACAACUACUUGCGCAUUUUCAACGAGAGCGGCGACUUAUUGGUGAGGCGCAUCUGCUCGCUCGUCGAUGAGACGCCCAAUGAGCCCAUACGCCUCUUCAAGAUAACGCAGAAGUGCGCCAUGGACAUCAUUGGAGAAGUUACGAUGGGAGCAAAACUACAGCUGCAAGAAAACAAGAAUCUCUUCUUCAUGAAAUCUUUCAAUCGGGCGAUGUUCCUUCUUUCAGUCAGAUUUGGCACACCAUGGCUCUGGAUUCAAAAGAUAUAUGACAUUUCGCGCGGGGGAAAAAUAUUCAUGGCGGACCUUGGAAAAAUGAGGGAACUCACUUACUCAGUUAUGCGGAGGCGAAAAGAGAAACUGCAGUCCACUGAAAUCAUCCCGAAAUCUGGAUCUGAAGAGGAGGAAUUCAAUUCAGGAGGCGAGACGUCGCUGAUGAACAGGCUCCUGCAAAAACAUAUUCAAGACAGUAGUUACACGUUGAGUGACGUCAGAAACGACAUCGACACAAUCAUUGCCGCAGGCAACGACACAACCACGACAUGCAUGUGUUGGACACUGCACUAUCUCGGACUUUACUCCGAGGUCCAGGCAAAAGUGCACCGGGAACUCGAUGAAGUAUUUGGGAACGACAGAGAGGGCGAAAUCACAGCAAGUCACCUUGCGCAACUGAAGUAUUUGGAGUGUUGUCUAAAGGAGGCUCUGCGGUUAUAUCCGUCGUUUCCUAUGAUCGGAAGGGUGCUUGAUGAAGAACUCGAAAUGGAAGGCCACGUUAUACCAAAGGGUGUGAUGUGCUUCAUAGGUAUUUAUAGCCUUCACAGAAACCCGAAGUAUUUUAAAGACCCCGAGAAGUUCAUGCCUGAGAGAUUCCUUUCUGACGAGAUCAGGACACGACACCCGUUCAGCUACAUUCCUUUCUCUGGAGGCUCCAAGAACUGCAUCGGCCAGAAAUUUGCCAUGUUGGAGAUGAAGCUGCUGAUGGCGAAGGUGCUUCGCGAGUGCAAAAUUGUCUCCUCGGAACCCCUAGAGAGUCUCGAUGUGGCCUACGAAAUUAUUGUGAAGGAUAUUGGAGGUAACAAAGUGUGGGUACAAAGACGAACAUGAAUACACUCACCCGAGCGAUGAACGCCCAGUCGCAUUCAAAUACCAUCCUUCGCCAACUGUCAAAGCAAUCCUCUUCAGGGAUACCUUUUUUUAUUAUAUUUAAAUAAAA